CUCAAAUUUAUAAUUGUCAUAAACAUAUAAACAUUUACAAUAACUAUUGAUGAUAAAAAUAACAAUUGUUUGGUUAGUUUAAUAGUUUCCCUAACUAUAUCGAACCAUGUUUUCUCUGCGUCUUUCUUUCCUUUAGUUAUGGGAAAUACGGGAAGUGCACAUAAUUUACACAGUGAAUGUGUCGAUAGUGAAUUGAAUUCUUAUUAUACUCAGCAAUAUUUAAGACGAACAACAGGAGAGACAAAAAAUAAACAUAACCAAGUGAUAUUAGGAGAAUGGUCUAACGGUAGAAAUUUAAAUGAUUGUAAAGUUUUGCCGAAACCUACAGAAAACCUUAAGCUUAGAGCUACAACGAACGGUGCUAUUUUACAGGCGGGUGGUACAAUAAGCUUCCGCGCCAAAGAACAAUUAGAAGAAAGAACUGCUAUUUCAGCUUUGGAUCGUGACAGGGAUCAACCUGCAGCAUUUCAACCGAUGAGACGUUGUCAUACACUUAUUCUUGAUGGUCAGAACGAGUCAAUAUCUCAUCGGAAAUCCGCCCCACCAAUAGCAGAAUUCCGACGCUCACAAACACUAUUACAUGUUGGUUACAAUAGAACUAAAUCUCAAGAAAAUAUUUCAAAGAAUUUGGACGAUUGUAACAAUCCUUACCCACAAAUCGUAAAAAGUACACCUACGGCGUCUACGUUAAAAGUUAAUAAGUACAACAAGAAACGAAAAGCCCCACCAGCUCCGACGAAAACUACUUCUGGGCUUGUUCCCGCAAAUGUAGCGGCCGACUUAAAGAACACUUCUCUAGCUAAACCCCGAAUAUAUGCAACAAAUAGCAAUAUGCAAAUAGUGCAACAGCAGCAGCCACAUAACCGUAAACCACAACAACAGACAACACUCAUAAAACGUGGAUCUAAUACACGAACAUCAAUUAAUUCUACAAUGCCAAAUCAUCAGUCUAAUUUGAGUUACGCUAGCAAAUUACCAUACCGAAGAGAGAAAAGUUUUGAUGCAGUGCUAUUAAGACAAAAAGAGAAUACUGAAUAUUACACUGAUAGAAGAAGGAAUUCUAUUCAAAAGCAGAACAUACAUAAGCAAGGAGGUCUUUCAACUCAGCAGGUUAGCAAUAAAUUUGAAGCAAAUACACAUAGAAAUGUAGUUGAAACUGUUAUUGAAAAGCUUACAAGGCAACAUGCCAAUUUCAUUUCAAAUAAAAUACAUAGUACCACCACAAAUACUUACUGUUCAGAUAAGAACUGUCCACGAGAAAUAAAAAAAAACGAGGAAAGAACUCGACCACAAGAGUCAAAUAAUUUGAAUGUAAACAGUGAUAUAAGAUUGAAAGUGAAGCACGAGAGCGAAACAGAAAGCCCAACAUUAUUAAAUGAAAGAAAAAAUAAAACUCAACAAUCACGUAUACCUCAGCUGAAUCGUACAUUUUAUUUUGGCAUGGAAACAACAAAAAAAAACGUAAAUUCAGAUAUCACUCAAAAGGUACCAUGUAGAAAUGAUGAAAAGUCUGGUGAAGAUGACAAUAUAGUGCUAUUAAAUCACAACAUCGAAGAAGAAAUUGUGGACAAUGGUAUACUAGUUCAUGUUCGACCCACCCUCCCUAGAAGGCAACCUGAAACACCUAGUUUUAGUCCAGCUGCUGCUUGGCGCAAUCUUUUGGAGGAACAACAACGUUUGCAGCAUGAACGUUCCAAACCUAAAAAUGCGCAAAAUAGCCAUGUAAUCGAAUCGCCUAUUUGUCUUACAACUAAACCCAAGGACAACGCACCAACCUUAGCAACAAAUAAUUGGACACCCCAGCAAGAUCUUGAUGACGAUGACGACGAAGACCAGGAUGACUUAGAACAGAAAUGCAAAAACACAAAAUUGUCUGAUAACAUAAAUAUAGAAAGUCAUAAGCAUCCAAAUUCGUUGCACAUUUUUAGUUUAUCUUUGCCCCGAGACGUUCAUUUACAAUGCCAAAAAACUUCAAUGAAUUACAUGGAACAGGAAAAUAGUUUAAAGGCUACUAACUGCUGGUUGGUACCGGGCUUUAACAGUUUACAAAAAUUUAAAACUCACUUGGGUAAAAACAUAGUAGACUCACGUAUCAACAGUAAAUGUACCUGUGCUGCAAAAGCAACCAACAAACGCAAUAGUUACCAUCUUCAAACUAUUUUUGGUGACUCAUUUUCUGCCGACUCAAAAAGUCAUCAACCAGAUUGUGAUCUAUAUAAAACAUUAACUAAGUUAACUAGCUAUCAUAAUGACAAUUGGGUCCUGCACAAAUCGAAAACAAAUGACACAGCACUAUCUGUGGUCACUAAAACUUCUGAUGACAAUUGCUUUAAAUCGUCUAUGACAAAGCACUCAUUGGCACAGUUACAACCGAAAUCAUUAACGAAUGUAUGUGUCGGUAAACAUAUUGUGUACCUUCCUGUAAAGGAUGCUUGUAACGGCUUAAAGAAGGACAGCCCCAAAGCGAAUAAAAAACAAACAAAGCCGUCCAAGACCACAUACAAGCGUCAACGUCAGCGGCAUGAAAUGGUUAGAGAAAGUCUACAAGAUCUAACACCAAUACAGAAUAUGCACCAGGUACAAAAUACUAAUUAA